CAUCGCUGGGUGUUUUAGGCGACGCGGCCAGUCCUCGCGAAUGUGCUGUUAUUGUAGUGGUAAAAGCGGAGAAUGGUAGUAGUUACAGAGUGACACGAAUUGGGACUUCGCUGCAAUUCGGAGUAUUUUCGGCUUAAGAGUGAAGUUUCAAUUAAGAGUGAACGGGGGCUCGGCCCCUGUAGAGCACGGGGUGCCAUGGCCGACCGCACAGAUGCUCUGCUCAACGGCAAUCUCACCGAGGUGCAGGCGGUCGUUGAGGCCAUCCAAAGAAGCUGUAUAAAGUACCCAUCAGAGACCUUCCUAGACGUGGCCCUUCUGUGCGCCAACUAUAUUGCAAAGGUGUCACCUGGACUGAGCCGAACUCAAUCAAAACAACUACACGAUGCAAGCAUUUCCGUUCUCGGCAGGAUGCAACGAGAGUUGGUCAACGAAAAACUCAUACAGAAUAGCGACGUCCUCGCAAAGAUGUCCCAAGUGAUCCGCGUUUUAUCAAAGAAAAGCGAGCGUCUCGAUGACUUCGUGGCGCUCCCGCCGCUGCCAGUAGACUUCAUGCCGGCGUUUCCUGGCGGGGCCGAAUCUCAGGCGGCCUCCGGCCGAACUGGCACAGGCGUCCAAAGACAUUCUUUAGAUCCCAUUUUAGCUUGCGUUGAGCUGACGCUUUCUCCCGAAAUUAGUGGCCAGCACGGUGGAUCACGAAAAACUGUCAGCGAUAGCAAACCCGUUCUAUUUGCCCGUAACAGAGAAUGGAUAGCGUUCCAUGGUGUCGCGGAUUCGUUAAUGCGCGCAGCUCUUUCACUUCAGCGGCUUCCACUUGUGGAAGACGUAACUCGGCUUGAGACUUUGCUCUCAGAUGAAGUGCUCGUGCAGGCUGCGCGCGUGGUUGUUCGAAUGGCUUUACAAGCUCAUGACGAUGAUCGGACCUUGAAGUAUUGUCUAGAUAUCUACCAGACGCUUACGGGGCUCCUGCGCAGUUCUUCAGUUCGUCAAAAUGUUCACCUAUUAACAUGCGUUGCAUUGGUUCGGAGCAAUAGUGCUGACAGUGGAGCCUUACAAGGCCAUAGCGUGCCUCUAAACUGCACGUUGAUUCAACUUCUGGCGGAAUUGUUCGAGUGUACAUUGCAUGAUGGACGCACAUGGUCAAUUGAGGUGUUAGAAAAAGAUAUCACUUCCUCGUUCAGUGUUGAAAAGGUUCAGCUUAUAUUGGAGUUGCCAUUAUGCAAUCAUUUGUUCAGUUGCAUUUCGGUAGGGUACCGGAAAGCCGCACUGCUCGCUAGGCCAAGUUCGAGUCCUGAAGAUGACGAUGAUGAUUCCGAACCUAUCCUCGGCGCCUGGUACGAAGAGGUAUUAAGCCAGGAUAAUGCUGGUGCUGAAUUUGGCGGAGAGCACAACGACUCUGGUGAUUCGAACAGUGGUGAUUCUCACAUGCAGUUGGCAGCUAGGGCCGUUCACCUGCUUGAUGCACAGCUAGUCGCCGGGUUCCCGAACAUCGAGAAGUACCUUGCCAGAGAGCUGACGGCAGCCCAUAUGCUGACCUUGGCCAACAUCGUACGCGACCUUGACGGGGGGACUGUUGCUCCUGGUCAGAAGCAAUUCGCCGUUGCUAUUCAACGUUUGGUACAUAAUCUGUUUGCAAGAGGUGUUCUCAGUCGUGAUAUGCAGGAUACAUUGCUCAAUACGUUGGGCAUCAAUCCUUGGAAGUCGGGCGGUCAGUGGCCAUUGGAGAUUACGCCACGAUGUCUAGCCGUUCUGGCACAAGCGAUUCUCCUUCAUCCUGAUCCUGAGGGAGCGAAAAUUGCCGUUUGGCAAAAGGCUAUACAGGCGUUAAGCACCCGAUCAGCAUCCCAGCAACAGUUAACAAUGUCUGCUUCCGAAGUGGACUCACAGCAGAUCAGUGGUGCGGCCCAGUCAGCAGAGGCUGGAUUUGAGCACGCAUCUGUUGCCGCUCCCUAUGGGCAAACAGCAGAUUCAGUCUCCGAAGAUCUAAACGUGGAACACGCACAAUUGCUACUCUAUCUGUUUGAUUCAAUUCCUCUGAUGCAGCGCAAAGAACUUUUGCUCAGUCUUGUCGAUCCGAUCUGCGCCGGUGAUACUAACAAUAGAGAUGCAUCGCAGUCAUUUGCGGUACCAGGGUCAGGCGCUCGAACUUCGACAAGCGCGAGAGACCAAGAAAGCGGAAACAACUACUUGCGACUUGGACGUUUAUUGCACCUGUUUGAGUAUCUCGUUAAGCACUUGUAUGCGGCACCGACAUGGCUGACGGAUCAAGUGACCGCCAACAUCCUAGGAUGUAACGAUGGUUCGAGCACCUCUAGUGGAUCCGUAAAGUACUUCUCCUAUAAGGAACUUGAGGAAAACUUCCACAUGCAAGAAGGUUCUCAGCGAAAGCUGAAGUUCUAUACUUUGUGCGAAGAAACCCAGCCUGGACAGUUUCCUAAGCUUGACGGAUUCGCCAUUAACUUCCUACUCUCCACCCAAAGCCGAUACGAACGACUGUACAAGCGCAUAAUUGAUCUGCUCGACGUGGCUGGCAGCGACGCCGAGCAGCGUGAUAAAACACACUGCACAAGUUAUGUUCAGUUAUGCGGAGCCCAAUACGUCAUGUGGGGAGCGUGGCGUCUAUUUUUGAGUCUCCCACCCUCUCUUCAUGCUUUGGAGAAUCUCAAUUCGCACCCACUGCUGCUCUGCGUACUGUUGCCACGUCUCAGCCACCGAAAUCUGUCCGCUUGGGUAAAAGACGGCGUUGCGAAGCAGCUAGAAAACAACGCCGACCCGUCAGAAGCGCUAGAGCGAACAUUGGCAAAGUUUUCUGGCACCGACCACGAAAUCGCGCUUUUGGCCAACUUGAUAACACGUUUGGAGAAGAAUAGCUGGACUGGUACUGAUCUCUUCUGGCUAGAAGUUGUGUUGGGCAAACUGCAGCAUUCGUUCAACCACAUCGGUGAAAGUGAUGAUCAAAAACGAGAACAAGUAUCGCCACUGCUCGGGCGAGUCCUCCAUCUUCUACAACUGUGUCGACGUUCAUUGCACCGUCUCGUUCUUGAUGAAUUUGACUGCGGUGGCUUUGUGGCUGCUUAUGAUGUUGCCUUGGAGAUUGCCUCAUCACGGGCGAUGGACACCUCGGUGACUUGCGUCACAUUGGCGGUAGCAUCAUGUCUUCCCGAAGGCCUGUCAUCGAUUCUGAAUUGCAGCUGGAACUGUACGCCAUCCGAUGGCUGUCAUUCGGUGGAUUCAUGGAGGGCAGAUUUUGCAUCUGACCCGCUGCCGUCAGAGAGCUUGAUCGCAGCCAUCGCAGCUGCACACAUCGGAGCGUUGUCCAGAACCAAAAGUCUUUCUCUAGCGAUUCCCCUGAAAAGGGUACUACAUUUUGCUCUUCGAUUUGCCAACGACCUUUAUGCGAUGCGACAACAGCAGGUUGCCGAACAGGCGAGUGGUGAGCCGGCUCAAGGAGCAGACGAUUCGUUGGAUAAAGCCGAACAUUGGUAUGUGGCCUCGCUUGUGCCACUGCUCCUUGACGCUACCACAGAAAGCCAAAGUGAUUUCGCUGCGCUGUCGCUGCAGGACUUGCCCGGUGGCUAUGAGAAUGAAAUGCACUCUCAGGUGGUUGGCCACUGCUAUCGUCUGCUGACAACACAUAUACGGGCCAUUGGCAACAUGGAGCUCAUCUUUGACGAAUGCAUUAAGUAUCUUGAAAGUGUGACCGAGAAAUCCGCGGGGCGUCGGGCGCUCGCUCAGCUAGCUGAAACAAAUGAUCUGUGGGCUAUUCUAUACAAGGCGUGCAAUGUUCCACCGUACGCAAAUUAUGGUCUAGCGGUUCUGCGUUUCUUUACUAAUUUGUGGAAGUUUGAAGAAAUCGCAACCAAACUAACAAACGUAGACAAUUUACUAAAACACCUGAAUGCUGCCAAGCUACAAACGUGGUUGUACUCAAUCGUGUCAUGUGAAGAUGUUUUGGACGACACUCCAGCCAGCAACGAACGUCUGCUAGAAUCAUUUGUCUCUUCUGUGGUCUGCGCUGUGCGACACCCUGACCUUGAUCAGCUGCUGUUUGACGCCUUCGCAUCCCUGGCGGAACGAGUAGUACCUGCUGCACUAUCAGGGGGCGCUUUCACUGCAGCUUUAUCAGGCCUGGUUUGUCUUGCUACCUGCGGUGAACCGCGGUGGCACCUUGAGCUAGCUCAAACCUGCUCGCGCUGGUUGGACUCGCAGCCUUCUGAGGUCGGUUUUGCCGCCAUUGUCCACUAUCAGGCUAAGCUGGUUGCUGCAUUGAAAGCACUCAACACGAUGGACAGCGGCGAUCGCGACGAUGCGUCCUCAGACGAGAUCUCCUCGGAAGCGGCCUACGAUGAGGACUCGGCCGAAUCACUGAGUGAUGACGAAACUACCCGUCUAUGCACGUACACGGUUACCGCCCGCGAUUAUAUGAGCCAGCAUUGGUAUCACUGUCACACAUGCGGCAUGGUUGAAGGGGUCGGAGUUUGUUCGGUUUGCGCCAAGGUUUGCCAUAGAGAUCAUGACGUUACGUAUGCCAAGUACGGUUCAUUCUUCUGUGACUGCGGCGCCAAAAGCGACCGCAGCUGCCAAGCAAUGGAAAAGAGGACAUUGGCCAAUGCUCUAGCUAGCGCUCAAGUUCAACAGACUGUUGCUGCUGCAGUCCCUGGUAGCGUUGCUGGUUCUGGAGGUGGAGAAGAGUCACAAUUGGCUGCGCAGAGCUCGAGCUCGGUCGACUCGUUGGCCUCGAAAGGAGGUAACAGUGGAGCGACGGACAGCGGCAGGGAACUACCACAAUUGGCGCUUGCCCUAGCACCUUUUGAGAAGGAGUUACGUGAAGUUCUUUUGGGUCCUCGAACGGUGGAAGGAGUUUUGGCAAACGUUGUUGAUAAGAUCAGGCCAAAACUGAAAGAGGAUGCAGCGACUUCACCCAUGGGAAGCGCUGUCCGAGCUGAAAAAGCGCUGCGCCAAAUGCACGAAGGACCUUUGACAUUUGAGACUGUCGAUGAUCUCAUGCAGGUAACGAUCGGCUCUCAAGAGGGCGCGUUCGAAAAUGUUAAGAUGAACUUGGGUGGUGAGCAACAACUUCGACAGCUGUUGCAAUCACACCAUGUUCGAAGAGUGGCCAUGUGCGCAUUGAGUCAGGGGGCUGGCGCAGGCCGAAGACAACAAGUGGCUGUAUCGCACGAAAAGGGCAAGGUGACUCUCCUACAGCUGGCGACCUUACUCCGACAAGCCGAAGCACCUCGAAGGCGUCUAACCAUUACACGGCUGGCCAGCGCACCUGUGGGCUUCACGGCUCUAUCUGUCGUCGCGAAUCCCGCCACUCCGGCGGCCGACGAUCAUCUGGCAGUAUGCGGUCUUAAGGACUGUCACGUACUGACGUUCGGACAGAACGGGGUUUUGUUGAAUCGCCUAACGGUCACUGUUGGCUUGGAAGGGCAAAACUACAUCAUCAAAGCAAUUUGGCUGCCUGGCAGCCAAACGGAACUCGCCGUAGUAACGCACGAAUUUGUGAAGAUUUUCGAUUUGGCCGUCGACGCUGCCGCACCGACGUAUCAUUUUAUAUUAGCGUCGGGCAAUGUGAAGGACGUGACAUUCGUUCGAUUGGACGCAAAAGACCGUUACAUGGUGGUCAUGUCAACCAACGGAUUCGUCUACUACCAACAGUUAUGCGAAGAAAGUCUAGCGACGAAUGGAAGCUUUUAUGUCACUAACGUCAUGCAGGUCGAUCAUUCCGGCAUGAACGGAAGUGGAGGGACAUCGAUCUACUAUUCGCACGCGAUGCAAAUGCUUUUCCUCAGCUUUACUAACUCGAAGACGUUGAUGGCCCCAUUGACAACAAUGGAUGGCACACUUGGGCCAGUCUCUCAGUUGCAGUUGGCUAGUAAAAGUUCGUCCGCGCUGUCAAACAAGUUGGCCGGCGGACAACCCCUGGUCGCUUGGAGUGAGGUUCCCCACCAUCCGGGCCUUGUGCUAGCAAUGCAACAAUUUUCUAAUAAUCCCGUCGUUAUUCUGUUGCGUCCGGGGACUGCUCACGUCCAGGAAAUUAAAUUGCCUACUGCGAAGUCGAAGAUCUCAGAUAUGGUUGCGUUACGACAUCCGGGCAAUGGAGGUGAACUUCGUACAAAUCUGGUUGUCCUUUGUGAAGAUGGCAGCCUGAAAGUGUUUACGGCUAAUGCGCCUGAGACCAACUUCUGGCUGAAUUUGCGUCCCUCGCCAAUAAUCCCGGCGAAACGAGGUACGUCGAGACGAAGAGCCAAAGAAGCAUCGACCACAGCUGCAGCGAUGCAACCAACAAAUCCAUCAUUGGUGUCCUCGGGGAGGCCACAGUUCCCCAUUGACUAUUUCGAGCAUUGUAACCCGCUUCAGGAAGUUGACUUUGAGGGAAAUGAUUUACUCGAGGUGUACAAUAGAGAGCAGCUGAAAACGCGACUUUGCAGUAAUUCGCUCUAUGUCGUCUGCACAAAAAGUGGUGGCUUCAAAUUAGAUGUCAUCAAUAGUGAUAGUAGCAUGGUCAUAACAGGACUUCGCAUUGCUGUGGGAUCACAGGAUAUUCAGCGUGUUCCCCCUUAUGUGGAGCUGUUUGGACGAACUAUCAAUUUGGCCUGCUCUCGGGCGCGCUGGUUUGAUCUUCCCCUAACUCGUGACGAAAGUCUUCAAGCCGACAAAAAGGUCACGCUCACCUUUGGCGUGUCUGGUGAUCCCACAUUUGUAACAAUUCUAGAUUCUGUUAAAGUAUAUGGUCGAACAAAGGAAUCAUUUGGAUGGCCCGAAGACAAUGAGGAGCUAUUGACGAGCAGCACGUCGGUGCCAGGUCAGCAGUCUCCUUUAUGGCAACAGUUGGAAGACAGUCUACAGUUGGUUGAGGCGAGUUUUUCGCUGAUCUCGAACGAAGAGCGGAGUCAAGCAACUCAUGACGACAGCGGACUACGUAGCCGUGCACUGGACGUCGCCUUGCAGCUGCUGCUGCUGCCAAUAAGUUCGCCGCAAUUGCAGGGGCUUAUUAAAAGCCUGUUAUCUGCACUACACGUAUCAUCAAACGAGUGUGCCUCGAGAAAGGACGAGGCUCUAUUACAGCAUGUGGAGGACUCACUAAACAGCAGCCCGGAUGGUGAAGCCUUCUUCCGUUUAACAUCAAUUACGCGUUCAGUGGCCGCAACCCGCGCGGACCACAUAGCUAACAUGACACAGCCUGGCUUUGUUGACCUCUUGAUGUCUCAUUUUUGGAAAUUGCUCGCAAUAUCGCCCGAUGAUCCACUUGUGGCUCCUGUGACCCGAAUCGGACUGGCUCAUGUUGACGCGACAGUUCACAACCUGGUGGAUAUCCUGUAUGCAAUGCUGGGCACUACAGAUCCCGGGAGCCAAAUCGUCAAACAUCUCGUCGAUUUGUUGCUCUACCCACACGCUCACAUUGGGUUCGGUGCUCGUUCGGCACUUGUACGAGCGGUGCGACCAAAACGGUCGCCAGGGGGCGGCCAGGGCGGCGCAGCGAGUGGCAAAAGCCAGUCUCCCGCUUCUGAACAACUACUCGGAGAUAUUGGGCCAAUGGAGAGCGAUGAAGAGUUAUUAACGUCUAUUGUCGACCUUGAUAAGAAGAGCAGCGCCCUUGUAUGCAACAUGCUGAGCCACGUCCGGCGCCUUGAAGACGGGAUUACUGCGGUGCCCUUUCUCCAAGUAUUGCUAUCGCUUGUAUCACAACCAGAACACGUGGAAGCACUCGUAGAAACGGCAAUCGAUAUGGGUGCAAAUAUCACGGUCGAAUCAACAAAAACCAGCCAUGUCCAAUUCCUACUGCUCAAGGUAUGCUCAAUUCUCCUUGGACGAAAGACUCCGGCUCGCGCAGCAACAGCUAAACGCCUCCUUGAGGCAAAUAUGUUCGACAAAUGCUUCGCGGUGCUCACUCGAUUACUUGAGCAUUGGAAAACGUACAGUCCGCAAAUAGAAAACGGUUUGCUCGAAUGCCAGCGUUUAGACCUGUCAUCGGUUGACAUGCUACCCUUCUUCCAGAAGACCUUUGUUCGAUCCCAUGCCGGCGAUGUGUUUGAGGAUUUCCGCCAGGCACUCACCGAGAUGAUGCUGAAGUUGGCCUGUCAGAUGAAGCAGACGCUUCCUGAUCAAACAUUCGCUUCGAUGAGCCAUUGGCACGGCCUUUUGUGCGAGCUCAUGAUGGCACCGCAGGCCGCUUUUGCCAAAAAGGCCGUUCGCAAGCUCCUGAUGUUGCUGUGCGGUUCGAAAGAAAGCUACCGACAAGUUCGAGAUCUGCACGCCUUCGGCGUUCACAUGGCCGCAGUGCAGGAACGUAGUAAGCAAUCCGACUAUGAUGCGCUUAUCGAGCUGAUGGAACAUCUAAAAAGUUGCGUUGACGUCGCUUCACUUCGUGUCUCUAACUGGCAGCGAUUCUGUCUAGCGAAUAAGUGGAUCCUGGCAUUCCUUCUUCGGGUAUCGUUCUCAUUAAACGAAGGUGUAGCGCCAGCAAUCUUGCAGUUGUUACAGUUGGCAAUCUGUGACAACAAUAACAAUCAGCCUCAACCAUCUGGUUCUUGCCAGCAGCAAUCACAACAGCAGCAGCAACAACAGCAAAAUAAUCUUUCAGCUGGUGCUCAAACCAGUGGUCAGAAGGAUAAGGAAACCUCGCAGUUGGCAGCCCAGCUCGUCGCACAGCUAAACCUUAAAGUAGACGGUCCUCUGAUUUCGAAGUUCCUGGUCAGCUUCCUGCUGGAUUCAAACACAACCUCAAUUCGUUGGCAAGCACAUUCGCUUAUGCAUCACCUGCACUCAAACUCGGCUCAGGAUCGACAACGUGAGAUCGUCAACAUGAUGUGGUCGUUAUGGCCCCAGCUGCCAUUGUAUGGCCGUAAAGCAUCACAAUUUGUCGAUCUGCUCGGUUUCUUCACGCUCAAUCAGGAGGGCGGCGAUGAGCGAGGCUACGGCGAGAAGAUGAUGGGUGUUUUGCAGAAACAGAACGGCAUUAUCGAAAAGCAUCCUAACACCGCUAUCUAUAAUGCGAUUCAGGGUCUCGUCGAGUUCGAUGGCUACUAUCUUGAAUGCGAGCCUUGCCUUGUGUGCAAUAACCCUGAAACGCCGUUUGCGUCGGUGAAGCUCAGCCAGAUUAAGGUCGACUCCCGAUUUACGACGUCGAGCCAAAUCGUGAAGCUGAUUAGUUCGCAAAUCAUCUCGAGGAUGACGCUGCGUAUUGGUGACGUGAAAAAAAGCAAGAUGGUGAAAACGGUGAAUAUCUACUACAAUAACCGAACCGUACAGAGCGUUGUCGAUCUGCGCCAUAACAAACGUUUGUGGAACCGCGCGAAGAGUUGUCCGCUGGUUCAGGGACAGACUGAAUUGAAAGUCGAGUUCCCUCUGCCAAUUGUGGCAUGCAAUUUGAUGAUUGAGUUUGCAGAAUUCUACGAGAACCCAUUGGCGGCUGCCGAGCCCCUCCAGUGUCCUCGGUGCUCUACGCCAGUGUCAGCCACGCCAGGAGUAUGUGGAAAUUGCGGCGAACAGGUGUUCCAGUGUCAUAAGUGCCGCCAAAUCAAUUACGACGAGAAAGAUCCGUUCCUGUGUAACAACUGUGGUUUUUGCCGUUAUGCGAAGUUCGAUUUCCAUCUGUACUGCAAGCAGUGCUGUGCUGUAAACCCAAUCGAAAAUGAGGAGGAACGGAAGAAAGCUGUGGCGUUCAUGAACAAUCAGUUAGACAUCGCUGACAAGAGCUAUACGGUGAUGCAAAGUUACAAACCGGUCCUGGAAAGUCUUCUGGCACGAAUCUACGAACGGGAAGAGAGUGAGGGAAUCACACAUCCGCAACAAGGACAUGUCAACCGUUCGAUUCAACAGCUAGGCCAAAAAUACGGUAGCGACUGUAAAGCCACCUUUGACGAACUGUCCGCCACCGUACAGAAGGUCCUAGCGUGUCGUAAAGAGCUAGUGGAGAUUGAGUGCGCCCGGCGCGGUGUCCCUGCUCCCUCACAAAGUAGCGUCUCCUCAGGCCGAUGCUUUGGUUGUGUGUCUGCUUCGAUUGAACUAGUCGUGACCCUUCUGCGUGCGAUGACUACAAAACCAGCAUUCGCUAACGUUCUCUGUGAACUUGGACUAAUCGGAGAGCUGCUAUCCUGUAACCUACGGCAGGGAAGCUCGCGUCUUCGACGAGAUGUACGCCAUUUGUUGGUGUCGCUAACUGCGGAUAAUCCCCAGGCAACCGAGCUGCUAAACGGACUUAUAUUGGAGAAAGUUCAACUUGCAUUGCGCGGAAACUCAACCGACCUAGUAGCAACAGUUCGCCAUGAGAUGUCCCUGUUAGCACUUUCUGUUGCUAAGGUUGAUUCGUGCUGGGAAGAUAGGCUGCGUACUGUAUUCAUCAUAUUCCGUCUCACGCAGCAGAUGGAGUUCGGCUCGCAUUCUGUGCUUGAAUGUGUUACCCUACCUUGUCUAAAGAUCAUAUGGGAGGUUGUUAGCCAGUCAAGAGGCCACAUCAAAUGGGGUCCUAUGGAUCGGACGUUGGAUCUUGAUAAAUGGAUCAUGAAGGACGCUCGUCACGGAUACGAACGAUGGGCAUCGAGGAUUGGCAGCGUAGAGGAACAAGUUCCGGCUUCGGUAAAACAGGCCGCCUUUAACUGGAAAAGAGCUACAAGAGAAAGUACUGGGGCAACAAACAAGAACUGGUUGGAGCACAUGAUGUUCAAUCCGUCAUCCAGGCAGGCUCGGGAGGUUGCCUGUAUGCUGACUGAGGCUUUAUCAGAAUCGCCUUGGUGUUACAGCGAGCUUCUCGAUAUGUUAACAAGCUACCUGGAUCAAGUAGGAGUUGCCGGCGAACAUGGAGCACGCUUUAUGGAGCUUUACCAACAACUCAUUCGUGACGAACCGUGGAAGCAGUACGUUGUCAUCAAAGGGCUUAUGACAAAAAUAUCAGUGCUCAUGGCCGACGAAAUCGGCAAGCUAAACAAGCUUGAGGAGACUGCGCUGACAGCCGACUUGACACAAGGUUUUGCCUUGAAAAUGCUCACCGAAGUGUUAGCUUCACUUCUCUCUGUCGAUGAGAUCAGACAAUACUUUAAAGGACAGAUGCUAGGCUCGGUGUUGGACGGAUACCUCUGCCUACGUCGAUUGGUUGUCCAGCGAACGAAACUUGUCGACGAUACCCAAGAGAAGCUAUUGGCCCUUUUGGAACAGAUGACCACUGGAACCGAAAACGAGACGCGAGCGUUCCUCGAGUUGUGUGUAGAAACAGUGAAGAAAUUUGGUGCAGAUGACAUUCGCACACCGGUGUUCAUUUUUGAAAGAGUAUGCAAUCUAAUCUACCCUGAAGAAAGUGAAGCUAAGGACUUCCAGGUCUCUUUGGAAAAGGAUAGUCAACAGGAAGACUUCCUUCAAGGGCGUAUGCUUGGCAAUCCCUACUCGUCUAAUGAAGCUGGUAUCGGACCACUAAUGCGCGAUAUUAAGAACAAAAUAUGCGCUGAUUGUGAAUUGGUGGCGCUACUCGAGGACGAUAACGGAAUGGAACUACUUGUAUGCAACAAAAUCAUCUCUCUUGACCUGCAAGUAAAAGACGUCUUCAAGAAGAUCUGGUGUGUAGAGAGCAACCCUGACGACCCUAUGCGUAUUGUGUAUCGAAUGCGCGGUCUUCUCGGGGACGCGACCGAAGAAUUUAUUGAGUCGCUCGACAGCAAGGAUUCGAUGGCCAUUGACGAGGAACAGGUGUACAAACUUUCGGAUGUCAUGGCAACAUGUGGAGGUUUAGAGGUGAUGUUGGAUCGCCUCAAUUCGUUAGAUGUUGAGAAAGCUACCCCACUGCUCCAGGUCAUCCUCAAAUUACUGGGGCUCUGUAUUAAAGUUAAGAAGAAUCGGCGAUGUCUUGUAAAACUCCGUUGUAUUCCUACACUGCUUAAGACACUUCGCGCAUCAUUGAUUGCACGUCAAACUCUAAUACCUGAACAGCUUAUCAACCUGAUUGAGCGCGUGAUUCAGGAAGCUCUUGACCAGGAGUCUUCUGUGUUAGAAGAUUUUUUCACGCACACGGGAAGUGUAGACGAUCUACAGUUCUUAUUGAAACGAGCUAGCGACUCACCGCCACUCCUAACGCCGUUAAUGCGAAUUGUGCCAUCCUUAACGCUGAUGGAUGAUGCAAAGAUGUCUACUCUAUUUGACCAUUUCCAACCGCAUCUUGACUUCGCGCUCUUCGAUGCCCAACGAAAUGUUGAAUCAGAACUAGCGAUGGACGGAUUUUGUGUGCUGGUACAGGGUCUCGACACUCAUCCGCUUCAUCAUCAACUACGUGAUUGCUUUGUUCAGAGGGGCAUUUUGCAGUCCGCCAUUGAUUACCUAAACUGUAACGCCCCACCGUCAAAGAGCACCCUUCUGGUCAUCUCUGACGGGUGGAAGCAGUUCGUGGCUAAACCAUCGUUAAAAUUAAUUCUGCGUUUACUGUCGGGCUGUUGCCGAGGUCACGAGGCCAGCCAGACACUUCUUGGUGGCACGAUUCCUAUCAUUCACAGGCUGGAACAGGUAUCUAGCGAAGAACAUGUUGGCUCUCUUGCGGAGAAUCUUAUGGAAGUUCUCAGAGAAGGCAACUCAAAAGUAAAAAAACAGGUUGACGAUGCACGUCGACAAACUCGGGCUGAAAAAAAGAAACUUGCUAUGGCUAUGAGGCAAAAACAGCUCGGUGAGCUGGGUAUGAGAACAAACGAAAAGGGCCAAGUGACCAAACAAGUCGGUGGCGGAAGCAACAACCUGCUGUCGCAAAUGCAAGCGUUGGCUGAAGAGCAAGGGCUGUCUUGCAUUAUUUGCCGUGAAGGGUAUCGCUUUCAACCACAGAAAGUGCUAGCCAUUUACACGUUUACCAAGCGCUGUCCAGUCGAAGAAUACGAAAUGGACCCGAACACCUAUGGAGCCCCAAUGGCUCCAACCCCACGUAAGACUCUCGGCUACUCAACUGUAACGUACUUCAAUCUCGUUCACGUCGAAUGUCAUUUGAACGCUGUUCGUGUGAUGCGUGGCCGAGAUGAAUGGGACUCGGCGACCCUACAGAAUUCAAACACCAAAUGUAAUGGUCUUCUGCCCCUUUGGGGCCCUCAGGUGUCCGAGCACGCGUUCGUAACAGCUCUGGCGCGCCACUCGACUUACAUCCAGGAGGCGACAGCGCAGCAUGACGUUGGACACGUGUUUACAGUACACGACCUCAAAUUGCUCCUCAGCAGGUUUGCCUUCGGCAAGUCGUUCUCCAAAGACACCGGCGGCGGCGGACCGGAGAGCAAUAUGCACCUGGUGCCAUAUCUGUUACAUUUGGCCGUCUACACUCUGCUAUCAACAAAGGCUGUCGCCAGAGAACAAACCGCAAUGGUAAAAUUCCUUGAUAUGAAACUACCCAAGCUGCACCGGAACUUCUUCGAGCAAGAUAGCCCCACCUACCAGUUGACACUAGCACUGGCCAUUUGGCCGCCAUCCGUGUGGCGGCAAAAUCGUCUUGCGUUCAUCCGUCGACUCGUACAGUGCGGUCAAGCGCGAAGCUACGGAAUGAAACUGAAUGACUAUUCGACAACGCUGCGAACGAUGUCCGUUUACAAGCCCUAUCUUUUGAUGGCCGCGCUGGUAGAUAAACUCUACAAUGAUAUGCUCUUGAUUGAGAAGGAGUCAACGCUUGAGUCGUGGACUCAAGAUCUUCACGACUACAUUCGGCACAACGAUCAGGCCCUCUCCGACAACGCUAAGAAAGUAUGCGAGUGGUUCAUCGAUUUGGACAGGCGGUUUGAUCGAAUCGAGGUGCUAGGCGAAGCUUUGAGAUUGGAUCUUAGUGGCAGUUUUCUUGAAAGCGCUCUCAAACUCCAGUGACUAUAAUAGCCGAUAUUCAAUCUGUUUGAAAUACUGUUUUUAGCCUCAAGAGAAGAAAUAGGUGGAAAAAAACGAAUCAUCAUUGACUCAUACACACACAAAUAUAGAUAUAGAAAUACUAUGAAAACGCCACGGAAAGACGUAGCAUACACAAGUGAUGUUAAAACCGUGAUAAAGAAAAACAAAAUAAAAAUGCGCGUGAUUAUAAUUCAAUAUGCUGGCGGGAAAAGUUUGGUGUCGACUAAUAAAAUAAGUUAUUUACGAAUUA